CGCACCCUGGCUGCAUGCAGCAGCGGCGGCGGCGGCACUAUCUCCUCCAUCCUUCCCCCUCCAGGGGAUGGGGCGAGAGUGAUGGAUGAAGGCGUAAACUGGCCGAGCACCGCUGCCCGCCCUGGUUUGGACGCGCCCUCCGCUUUCUUCCCUGCAGGGCUUCUUUCUCCUGGGGCUAAGGAAUCACCUGACCGGCCGGAAGACCGGCCGGGGGCCCCCCAAUUAAAGUGCAUCCGCGGCGCAGGCGGGAGGAGGAGGUGGCGGUGGCGCCGGCGGCGGCGGUGCCGAUUGCAUACCCUACGCCGGUAGCUGGAGUCGGGGCCGGGCGGCCGCCUGCAAAAUGGGCAGCAGGAUUACUUUCUUCGAGGUUGAAAUCCUUGAUUGGAAGACAAAGCAACAAUUAUGCUUUUUGGAAAAGGUUGAGCCAAAUGCUACAAUAAGUGAUAUCAGGCUAAUGUUCCAUAAAUUAUAUCCUCAGUGGUAUCCCUCAAGGCAGUCUAUAAGGCUUGAUCCCAAAGGAAAAUCACUGAGGGAUGAAGAAGCCCUUCAGCUGCUCCCUGUUGGCACAACCGCUACGCUCUAUUUUAAAGAUUUAGGGCCCCAAAUAGGAUGGACAAUGGUAUUCUUAAUAGAAUAUACGGGCCCAUUGUUCAUCUAUUUUGCGUUUUAUUUCCGUAUGCCUUUUAUCUAUGGCCUGGAUGACAGGUUUUCCUCGAGCCGGCAUCCCGUAGUUAACUUGGCAUGUAUCUGCCAUUCUUUCCACUACAUCAAAAGGUUGAUUGAAACAAUAUUUGUUCAUCGGUUCUCCCAUGGGACUAUGCCACUGAGGAAUAUUGUUAAGAAUUGUUUCUAUUACUGGGGAUUCACUGCCUGGCUUGCUUAUUAUAUCAACCAUCCUCUUUACACACCGCCCUCUUAUGGACAAAAGCAGGUCAAUCUCGCUUUGAUCAUGUUCCUGACAUGUGAAGCUGGAAACUUUUCUAUUCAUGUUGCACUUAGUAAUUUGAGAAGAGAUGGUAAAAGAUCCAAGACCAGUAAGAUCCCUUAUCCGACGAAGAAUCCUUUCACAUGGCUGUUUUAUUUUGUGUCCUGCCCUAACUAUACCUAUGAGCUGGGGACAUGGAUUGGUUUUACUAUCAUGACUCAAUGCGUUCCAGUGGGACUCUUCACCUUUCUUUGUUUCAUUCAGAUGUCAGUCUGGGCAAAAGAUAAACACUGCACCUAUAUACGAGAGUUUAAGGAUUAUCCUAGUCUUAGAAUGUCUAUCAUUCCUUUCUUAUUGUAAGAACAAGGUUGUUGGGAUUUUUUAAAAUUGAAUUAUCAGAAACAAAGCGGGUGAGGCUGUAUGGACACAACCACAGGCAAAGAAAAUGAGUUACGGUAUGAAGAUAAUUUAGGCAAGGUUUCCCAGUAGCAUGCAGAAAUUCCUAUCUAGUGUGGAAUUCCAUGGGCUCAAAAGCUACAUAGUGGGGUAGGAGAGCUGGGGGUGGACGGGACUUUCACAUCUGGCAACCAAUGUGCCCUUUUGGUUUCAGAUAAUACAUGGGUAGUACAUCUAUUCUUCAGGGAAGACCGAUCGUUCUAUUUACUACGGUGGACAAUAAAGUCACUGGAUUGGUACCACAGCUAUCCCCAAGUGGGCAGGACCCAACUGCAGUCGAACUGAUCAAAGUACCCGAUGAAGAACUGUGCGACCAAAUGCUGCAUCAGUUGACAAUAAUUAGUCCAGUUUGUAAUGCCUGGUGAAGGUACUUGAGGAAGACCAAGUAGCUGCCUUACAAAUACCAAGCAGUGGAGCAUUAGCCAGUAUACCUGAAGGAGCAUCUCCUCCCCCAUUGUUCUGCCCAGACACUGAGGUCCAGCGCUGAGGGCCUUCUGGCGGUUCCCUCACUGCAAGAAGCAAAGCUACAGGGAACCAGGCAUAGGGUCUUCUCAGUAGUGGCGCCCACCCUGUGGAACGCCCUCCCAUCAGAUGUCAAAGAGAUAAAUAACUACCUGACAUUUAGAAGACACCUGAAGGCAGCCCUGUUCAGGGAAGUUUCUAAUGUGUGACAGUUUAAUGUAUUUUAAUAUUUUGUUGUAAGCCGCCCAGAGUGGCUGGGGAAACCCAGCCGGAUGGGCGGAGUACAAAUAAUAAAUUAUUAUUAUUAUUAUUAUUAUUAUUAUUAUUGGCGGCGAAGGCCGCCGAAGAGGAUGGUGAACCUGGUUGAACAAGCAAAUAGAUGCGUUGGCUGGGGCAGCUUGAGUGAUUCAUAAGCUAGGGAAAUGCAAGCCCGUAUCCAUCUGGCAAGGGUGGAACUUGAAACCCUCCUCCGCAGAGAUGAAGGGUGGAAGGACACAAAUAAGGAGCCCGUUGUUCUACUUUCUUGUGUUCAAUGAAUGUACAGCUUUUGUGUCUGACGGACGCCUAAGGAAUGCCAGGCCUUUCCCCUAGGGUGCUUUGGAUUAGGACAGAAAGUUGGAAGAGUCUAUUCCUGUUGGACAUGGAAUUUUGAAAGUACUUUCGGCAUGAGGGUACAAUCUGAGCGCAGCAUUACUUAUGGAAGAUGCAGAGGUGUUUCACCACUGACAGGGCAGACAUCUCAGACACAGCAGACUGAAUAGCCACCAAAAAAGAGAAUCUAGAAAGACAGAUUUCAAAGAUAUGAGCCACAGAAGUUCAGAUGGCGGGCGUUGAAGAGCCGUUAAUACAGUGUGCAAAUUCCAAGAAGGGAAACAGUGUGCCACAGGAGGAUGUUGCAAAACCGUGCCCCUGAGGAAAUGCUUCAUUUUAUUUUAAAAAAAUAGAUUUUCCGAUUUACAAACAAUCAUCAAGCAAACAAAUAUGACCAUUUCCAGAAGUUCCCUUUGACUUCUCUCCUCCCCUCCCCUUUGGUGGGUCCUUACGUUAACUUUUUCUCCUGCAUCUUUUCUGUUAAUCCGAUUCUACUCCAAUAAAACCAUAGUCCAACUUUUAACUACAAGUGUCAUUCCAAUCCUACUAGUAAUUUUAAUUGUUUACAGUGAUUUUUUCAUAUAAAUUACAUAUUUCCCCCAUUCCCAUUGUUGAAAUUUUGGUCUUUCUGAUUCCUAAUUCUUCUGGUCAGUUUUGCUAUUUCUGCAUAGUCCAUCAGUUUAAUCUGCCAUUCUUCUCUAGUUGGGGCUGUGCCUUAUUUCCAUCUCUGGGCUAAUGGUGUCCAGGCAGCAGUAGUUGCGUACGUAAAUAGCCUCUUCUUGUCACUUGGAAUUUUGGCACCUACAAUUCUUAAAAGAAAACCAUCUGUUUUAUUCAUUUCCCCAAAAUUCUUUUACUACUUUACAAGUCCAACACAUGAUAGAAGAUGCCCUCUUUCCCCUUACAUUUCCAGCAUGCAUUGCUCUUGCUUUAUACAUUCUAGCUAACUUGCUAGGGGUUAAAUACCAAUGAUACACCAUUUUAACAUAAUUUUCUUUCAAAGUGUAGCAUGCUGUAAACUUUUAAGUCCCAAUUCCAUAACCUCCCCCAUGUUGCCAGUUGUAUAUUAUAUCCCAAAUCCCUCGCCCAGUGUAUCAUUACUGAUUUGACCUGUUCGUAUUUAAUAUGCCAUUCUAAUAAUAAAUUGCACAUUUUCGAAGGUAAUUUAGUCUUAUUUUCUAACAGCUCCUUUUCAAAUUUAAAGGUUUCAUUAAAGAAACCUUUCUUUUUGUCCAUCUUAAAUAAGUUAAGUUGAUGAUAAUGUAACCAAUUGUUCUGCCAAAUGCAGCGGUUCCUUUUAAAGAUAUCAGGACAAAAGGAAUGAGGAGGUGGAAGGUGAACCAAAGAACCUUUAUUACAGAAAACAGAACAUACAUACCCGAUGUCCCCAAUCUGCUCCCUGGGUAGCGAGGACAUGCAACCUAUCUCAGUUCUCCUCCAGGCAGGCAGGCUCCCUACCCAUCCCAACUGCCUGCCUUUUAUAGAGAGCCUUCUCUUAAUAGGCAACACCUGUGGUCAACAAGCUCUCUUCCCUUUAAGAAACAUCCACACGGAAGCUAAGUUUGGGGCGCGGCGCGGCUAUGGUGAGAACUCUUAAGACAUGCCAUCCUAUCUCCUCGUCACAAUGUCUUCCGCGUUGUUUCCCAUACACCAAUCAGUUAAUAAUACAGUGGUACCUUGGUUUACGAACUUAAUCCGUUCCGGAAGUCCGUUCUUAAACCAAAGCGUUCUUAAACCAAGGUGUGCUUUCCCAUAGAAGGUAAUAGAUUUAUCCGUUCCAGACGAAAAGCAACCCCUAAAACAGCAAUUUCACAUGAGUUUUACUAUUUAACGAGGCCAUUGAUCUAUAAGAUGAAAGCAAUAAACAAUGUACUGUACUGUAAACAUUAGUGGGUUUUUUUAACCUGCACUGAUGAUAGUCAUUGUCUGGAUGGGGGGGGGGGUCCGGGUCCUCUUCCAGAUUCUCAAUCGGUGACUCCUCUCCUGCCAUUCCUUCCCUAGCUUUUUUUUUACACCACUGCCACCUGGUUCAAACUUGCUGGAUCUUUUCCUUACCCAAAUUUUUUUCAAUUGAGACUUGCUUUUGCCGAUGUUUUAAAAUUUGUCUAAAGUAAGACAUUACGUUAUCAUUGUAGGUGUUAGUGGCAUGACUUACAGCAGCUUUAUCCGGGUGAUAUUUUUCAGCAAUAGUUUGCACUUCAGCCCAUUUUGCAAAUGUUUCUUUGAUUGUUGCUGUAGAUAGAUUUUUUUCUGCUCUCCGAAAAUAUUUCCUCAGGUGCUGCCUUUUGCUGCUCCGUCAGUCCUGUGCUGCUCCACUAACUUCUCCGCACUGGGAUGUCUUUACCGUUGUGUGUAGUGCCGUGGUGAACCACAGUGCCAAGCUGUGGGGGGCGCCUGGCGGAGAGUCCGGGGAGGGGAAAGCAGGGAGGUGAGCAAGGCGGAGCGGGUGUUGCUGCCUGUGCGCCUUCAGUGCCUGUCGGAGGUGCUAGGACCCUGUUCUGGUCUGCAGCGCCAGGUAAGAAGAGUGAGGUAGGCAUGGAAAAAGCAACCGCAAAAACCGCGAGGUGUGGAUCCUGUGCACGCUCCUACUUGGUAACAUGCCCUUUGAACGCAGCGGCAGCAAGACUAGCUUUUCAUGAUAAUGUUAUUAAUCAGUGCCUGGUAUUACGCUGCCCCCCUGCAGGUUUUUUUUUUGGCAGGCGUAACUUCUUUGGCCGCCUUCCCCGCCGCCUGCACGCAACUUCGGGCUGCAAAUGUGACAUGCACAGACUUCUCUCACCUCCUCCCCACCCUUCCCGUUCCCCCGCCUGCAGUUAGCUUCUUCCCGCCCCCAGCUCUAUUUUUGGGUGGGGAGAGGAAAGGGUGGGGGAUGCUUUGUGCUUUCCUAACUAAGGCACCUCUUGAGGCGUCCCAGGAGCUGUAGGGAGGGAGUGCCAUGGGGGGGGGUUGGAACAUGCGCCCCAGAACCGACUCCACCUCCAGGCUCUUCUGCCACCCUGUUCUCUGUCCCCCACGACCAGCGCUCUCCUUCACAACAACCCUCGCCCCAAACGGGCUCCCCCCAAACUGCCAAGUGAAUCGUUGGAACUUUCUGAGCUGCUUCUUAGAAUGGUUUUUGUUAGAACCUGUUUUGAAAGGGCACGGAAAGAGCUAUGUGAGAACUUGCAGUGGUACAGUUUUGUAAUUUAGGCUCAAGGCUCAAUAGUCAGUACAUCCUGCGUUUUCCACUUUGGGGCUAGUAAAGUUCUUGCCGCAGUUGUGGCAUACAUGAAUAAUCUCUGAUCCCCUUAGCAAUCUCAUCACCCAUUAGUCCCAAUAAAAACGCAUUAAACAAAUUUAUAUUCUUUGCUGUCAACCAUAUUCCCAGAUAUUUUGCUUCCUUCACUGCCACAAUUCCACAUUUUUGCUGUAAUUCUUUGUCCUCUAACCGCAUAUUUUUGACCACCAUUUUUGUUUUUAUUCUAUUUAAUUUAAAUCCAGCCAAUUGUCCAAAUUCAAUUUCCUCCAAUGCUUCCGCAACAGUUUCCUCUGGGUUUUCUAGUGUCAAAACCAAAUCAUCUGCGAAGGCCUUUAAAUUCCUCAGCACCUAUUUUUAUACCUCUAAUCUCUGAUUUUUCUCUCAAUCUAUUUAAAAGUACCUCCAGGACCGUGAUGAACAAUAGUGGAGAUAGCGGGCAGCCUUGCCUGGUACCUUUUGUUAUAUCGAAAUAAUUUGUUAACACAUUAUUCACAAUCAAUUUUGCUUUUUGUUCAGAAUAUAUUGCUUCAAUUCCAUUCAUAAAAGAUCCCCCUACUCUCAUUGUUUCCAAAGUCGUCUUCAUAAACGGCCAAGAAAUAUUAUCAAAAGCUUUUUCUGCGUCAAUAAACAUUAACACCGCAGGUUUAUCGAUCCUGGUCUCCAGAUACUCUAUUGUAUUUAUAAUAUGUCUCACAUUAUCUUUUAACUGUUGACCAGGAAGGAACCCUGCUUGGUCCUUAUGUAUUAUCUGAUUUAAAAUUGCUUUUAUUCAAUUUGCCAAUAUGUCAGCAAAAAGCUUGUCAUUAUUCAAUAAUGAUAUCGGUCUAUAAUUAUUGACAUCUAAUCCAUCUGUAUCUUGUUUUGGAAUGGAAUCAAUGUUAUAUAUGCUUCUUUCCAUGUACUUGGGAUCUUCUCUCCUUUUAAAAUAUUAUUCAUCACUUCUACUAGUACUGGUGUUAGCUGUCCGCUCAAAGUCUUAUAAUAUUUCGCCGAAAGCCCAUCCGGUCCUGGGGCCUUUCCUUGUUUCAAUUGUUUUAUGGUGUUUUGUACUUCCUGUAUUGUGGCUAAUGCAUUUAACUUUUUCCUUUUAUCUGGAAUCUGAUUCAAUUUAUUUUUCUCCAAAUAACACUUCAAUUUUCCCAUAUCCUCCUUUUCUUUACUAUAUAAACUUAUAUAAAAUUUCUGAAAGACUUUCCUUAUUUCCUUUUGAUCCUCUGUCAAUUCUCCAUUCAUCCUAAUUUUAUUAAUUGCAUUUUGAUUUUGACGUUUCCUCAAUUGCCAUGCCAACAGUCUUCCUGUUUUGUUCACUGACUCCAAAUUCUUUUGUCUCAUUUGCUUUAUUUUCCACUCUAUCUCUUGAUUCACCAUCAUUGAAAAUUGGGAUUGGAGCAUUUAAAUAAUAUUCUUUAUCCUUGAAUCCUCUGGUCUCUCGAUUAAUUUCUUCUCGUUUUCCAUAAGGUGUUUCAAGAUUUCCUCUUUUUUUCUUUUUCUUCAGGAAGCUGUUUUUUUGUAUUAGGAAGCCUCUCAUCACAGCUUUACUUGCAUCCCAGACUACAUACAAUCCAGUUUCUUUGUUCAGAUUCCAUUGAAAAUAAUCUUUCAGAAUUUCCUUUGCCUUCUCUACUACUUUUUCGUCGUUGAACAGGUCUUCAUUCUCCCUCCAUCUAAAGGAAUUUUCCUCUUUUCCUCUCAAUUCCAUGGAUAUCGAGUUAUGGUCCGACAAUGUAUGUGGUGAGAUUUCAUUUCUUAUUACCCUGGGUACUAGUUCCUUGGAAAUCCACAUAUAGUCAAUUCUACUAGAGCUCUGAUUUGGCUCCGAAAAGAACGUAAAUUGUUUCAUCGUUGGGUGUUUUAAUCUCCAAAUGUCCACUAUACCCAGGUUUUCCACUAAAUCAAAGAACGUUUUCGGUAAUUUCCCAGCAAUCUUUCUCUUAUUUGGCUCCUCCCGUAUACCUCUCAAUUUCAAAUUCAUCAGUUUUUGCCUCAUCUCCAACAGAGCCAUAUUGUCCCAAAUUUGCUCUUGCGCCUUAUCCAAAUCUGAUAUUUUCUCUUUCACUUGGUCUGUAUCUUUUUUUGCUUCACGCACCUCUUUGUGUUUUCUUCAUUGUAUCCUCCAUUGUUUUAGAUCUUUCUGUCAAAUCUUUUACUUCCGUUGUGAGUUCACCCACUGCUCCUUCAAUCUUUUUGUCAAUUGUCUCUUGCACUUCCCCCAAUUUUUUCUCCAUACGUUGUUCAUUUUGCUUGAAUUCUUCUUUUAUUUUCUGCCAUAAUACCUCCAGGUCUUUGACUUCUUCCUGUUUCGAUCCUCUCCUAUCUGCAGGUGUUCCUAACCCACCUGUUUUUUCCCAUUCUUUCCAUUUUCCAAAUUUUUAUUUGUAAUAACUUUCUUCCGCCACAAGAGGGAGUUCUCACCUGAAAAUAAAAUUUUUCAAUCCCUUGUAGUACCAGAUUGGCCCCUAGAUGGAGCUCUAAUGACCAAACAAUACAAAACAAGCAAUCUCUAUAUCCCCCACUGGGUGGCGCCAAUCUCGUUCUUCCCUCCCUCAGUGACUCUCCACUCUUAAAUCUCUAUAAACAACAACAACACUUGUCCCGUUCCGCCAGUCUUUUGUACUUAAAUUUUCAGCCCCUUGAUUAGCCUAAUUCCAAUAUGUCAAACCGGCCAAAAGAAGCCAAGUCCCACAACUCUUCGGUCACUUUUUGAUCUAAUCCUCAUAUGAAGAAAAAACAAGGGGAAAUCCCAAAGUUGGCUUAAUCCAUACAGGCUUUCUCCCAAUCUCUUCUGAAAACCCAGGGAACUUAUCUAAAAUGGGUUGGAUAAGCCUUGCUCAGACGUCUGUAUAAUACUUGCAAUAAAGGAGGGCAUGUUCUAGUGUUUCCUGCUGCCCCACACCAGGGUAAAAGCCCUUCGCUGCUUUAGAAUUUCAAGAUUAGCCAUGUAUGGCAUUUGGGCAGUCAAGUAUCGUCUAUUUUCACUAAUCAGGAAUUUUGGGGAGCUGGCCAGAUCUACUUGUCAUUGAGUGUCCGCCACUCGCUGUUUAAUGGUGUUUUUUGCUCCUUCAUACCCCAUGGCAAGCAAGAUUUGUGGAUUAAAUCCCAGGGUUGCUAUUAUAUUUCCCACUGCUCCUUUCCAUGUUGUUUGGAAAUCAUCUUUGAUGGUCAAAGGGAGCCAGGCCACUCGGAAAGAAAACUAGUCUCAGCCAGUAAUUUAGAAUGGCAAGCCACACUCUAGCCUCGAUUCUUAGAAAUACGGUUUCAAGGCGUAUGGUGGCAUUAGUAACAUAUCUAGGUACUUGUAAAGCAGAUCUUAGAAAUUUGGAUUGCACCGAUUCUAACGGGGCAUAGUUGGUAAAUGGGCCUAAUUGAGCACCAUACAGCAAUUGUGCAAUCGAUUUGGCCUCAAACAGCUUUAGGGCUGUUGGUAUGUAAUUCCUACCUUUGGACCUAAGGUACCUAAGGAUGGCAUUGGCACUUCUCUGGGCGUUCCCUGCAGCAUAUACGCCAUGGGUUUUCCUACUUCCUGAUGAGUGCAGGGCUAUAACCAGAUAUUUAAAGCAGGUAACCUGCUCAAUCUUGUGCCCGUCAAUAAACCACACAUAUGCUUUGGGCCAGUGUGGUGGUGUGGUUAAGAGAGGUGGACUCGUAAUCUGGGGAACUGGGUUCGCGUCUCAGCUCCUCCACAUGCAGCUGCUGGGUGACCUUGGGCUAGUCACACUUCUUUGAAGUCUCUCAGCCCCACUCACCUCACAGAGUGUUUGUUGUGGAGAAGGAAGGGAAAGGAGAAUGUUAGCCGCUUUGAGACUCCUUCGGGUAGUGAUAAAGCGGGAUAUCAAAUCCAAACUCCUCUUCUUCUUCUCUUAGCGAAGACCAUAAUUUUGGUUUUUUGAUAGUUGAGGUCUAGUUUGCUCUCUGCACAGUAUGCAGCAAGUGUUUUCAUGGCUCUUUUAAGGCCAAUUGGUGUUCUAGAGAGGAUCGCAGCGUCAUCUGCAUAGAGCAGCACCAAAACAUGCUUUCCUGCAAGUUUUGGAGGAUGGAAAUUUAUAUUACAAAGAUGAGGAAUCAUAUUAUUUAUGUAAUUAAACAGGGAUGGGGCUAGUAUACAUCCCUGUUUAACUCCCUUCUCAGUUUCUAUUGAUUUGGAUAUGUGGCCAUGGGACGUAUAGCACACUUUUAAUGAGGUCCCUUCAUAUAGCAUGCGUAUUAGAUAUAGCAGACUUCUAUCUAUUGUGGUGGUCUCCAAUUUUCCCCAUAGUUUUGUUCUGGAGAUAGAAUCGAAAGCUGCUCUAAAAUUGAUGAAGGCCACGUAAAGAGAAGCAAUUUUACUAGAUGAGUACUUCUCUAUCAGAUGUUGAAGGGCUAGGCAUUGGUCUAUGGUCGUACGACCUUCUCCGAAUCCUCCUUGCUCAUCUGCCAGAAUAUUGUCUUCUUGUAGCCAGUCUUCAAAUUUCCACUGCAAGUGUCUUGCAUACAGUUUACUUAUUGUAUUAAGUAAGACUUAAGACUGAUUGGUCUGUAGUUGGUACGGUCAUCUUUCCCCCCUUUUUAAUAUAUUGGGACGAUGAUUGAUAGCCCCCAGUCUUCAGGGGUAUAUCCAUAAGUAUCUAUGCCAUUGAAAAGUGAGGCUAAAGUUGGGGCCCCAAAGUCCAGAUUAUUUUUGAUGGCCUCUGCAGGUAUUAAGUCUGCACCUGGUGCUUUCCCCAAUUUCGGUUGGGCUACCAGACUUUCGAUUUCUGACAUUGUUACAGGGGCCCAUUUUGGGAGAGCCAGAAUAUUUUCUGGGGGUUGGCCUCUCCCUCCUGCUCUGUCCUUGUAGAGUGACUCCCAAAUCUCUGGAGUUAUGUGGGUUUCUUCCAUUGGUGGUUUGUUUGGUUGGGAGAGUUUUAUGACCUUCCAAAAAAAGGGCUGAGUUGUUAGAUUUAGCUGCCUGUAUGACCUGUGUCCAGUUAUUUAUUACUGCUUCCUUUCCCCCCCUCUGCCAGCACUUGCUUAUAAUGCCUUUUUUGAUAGAGGACAGCUAAUGCAGCUGAGUGAGUUGCAUUUGAAACAAAUGCUUGGUGUGCAUUUGUAAGGGCUUUUUCCGCACUAAUGCAGUCCUUGUCGAACCAUGGUUUAGAAUGAUGUUGAUGUUACUUCUAUUUUUUUUUUAUUCUUGAUAUGAACAUAGCGAACUAUUUCACACAUCUUAUCAAUGUGUGAGGUGUCUGGUGUACUGUCAAACAUAAUGCUGUAAUAUUUUGCUUUCUUAAUACCAAACAAAAUCUUAUUCUUAACACUCUCACUUAGAAGUGUGAUAAACUCAUUUUGUGUGGUAGGGGACAGAUAACUUGUAUUUUGCCUGUUGGUGACUGACCUGCUUGCUCUAGUUUGAUCAAGUGUUCUCUUAGUACUGGAUCAUACUUUGAUCUCAACUACCGUAGCUGUAGAAAAUUUCCUGUUUUCUGAUAAGACCUCUCCUCCUUCCAGAGGGGAGGAGUUGCGAGUAGGAGCCAUUUCCCGCGCUUGCAGGGGGGCGUGUUCAGCCCCCUGCAUCAGCCCCGCUCCGCCGCUGAGCUAAACCCCUCAGCCAAUAGGGCUCCAUGGGGGCGGAGUCUGGCUGCAUUUAAGGAGACAAGGAAAUUUGCACAUUGUGACUUACUUAUUUUUACGAGCAGGUGCUUGUUCUGCAUUGGACUCAUGCAAUGGACUCGUUUAGAUCUUACCAGCAUCCUCAAAGAGUGAUGUCAUUUGGGCUGAGCAGGUUGGACCGAUUGACUGUGCGCCAUAGUUAAAGCAGCAGAACAGUUUAGGUGUUUAGACUUCUGCGUUGCCUUUUUACGUGUUGGUUCCACCUAGGCUUGCACAGACUCCAUAGAUACCAUCACAGGUGGAAUUCAAGUUCAGGUAGGACACACUCCGUCACAACAUAGAAGCAUUUCCUGUGCAGCAGUUAAUCGGUGCACAGGAAUGGUGGUUAAGAAAUGGCUGAUGAACUCCAAUGGCGGCAACAGCCGCCCCAGAAACAAAAAGAAAAAUCAAAUGUGCUUAAGUGAAAACAGAAAUAAGUGGAGAAAAUCAAUAUGGUGACUAUAGCAAAGAUGGAAAGAAAUCAAGUGGAAAAGGAUUUCCUCAGUGGAGGAAAACAAAGCGUAAAGGGCCUAAAACAAAAGUAACCAAAGGCAGCUUAAUGCAGUAAAGAUAGAAAGGAAGACCAGAAGGAGAAACGAUAAAAAGAAAACUCACCUGAAUGGAAACAGAGAGAGCUGGAGGGGGUAGGACGAACUGUUCCGUCAAGGCAGGAGGAAAAAAACCUGAGGAGAUUCAGCCUACCUCCCACAAUUCUUUGUUCCUUCCUCGGUAGCGUGGUGAGGGAAUUACCCAAUCCAGUGGCUUCAUCGUCCACCGUAGUAAAUACAUUACAAAUAAAUGAGCCGCCAUGGCUCAUUGUGUCCCGGGCUUUUAAGACUCUACCCUUGUACUAUAUGUAGCCAAAGGGGCGCAUUGGUUUCCAAAUGUGAAAUACAUUGGCAUUAUUUUCAGCUUUCCUACUCCACUAACAUCUUCGUAUAUUUUUAAAAUUUGUGGGAUUCAGUAUUGGUUUUAUCUUCUCUCCCAAUUCCCAUGUUGUCAUCUUUAGCCAUGAAGGGUGUUCAGAGCUAACUGUUCGGCAAAGGUAUUAUCCACUGUUGCCGAAAGAAUAUGCUUUCUGUAAAAGUCUGGGCUAGGCCCUGUGGCAAAAAGGAAGCAUGAGAAUUUGGUGUGAAACAGUCUGGAAUUCCACAAACUGAUACGUUCUGAGGGAGGGCACUUCCGGAUGAUAUGUUUAUUGAACAUUCAUCCUGAUUUGUUUCUAGGGAGGUUAGAUGAUGUUGCAUCAAAGCAAUUAUUAUUGUUAUCCCACUCUUUCUGGUGUGUUUCCCUUCACUUUCUUCAUUGCAAAAAAAGUCUGACUUUGGGAGAAAGUGGGGUUGUUAUGAAAGAGCUCCAAAUCAGCUCUGAUUGUGCAACCUGAUUUCCCCAGUAUGUGAUUGAAUCUAACCUGAAAUAGCAACAGCCUGGAACUGCCCAAUCUCUGGACGAAUUGUGCUUCAAAGCUGAGGCAUAGAAAGCUAUGUGGGUGGCUUCAAAUCAAGCAUUUGCUGUGGGAAAUACUUUUACAAUGUGAAUGAAAGUGGUACACACCCACAGAGAGAGAGAGAGAGAGCAUUGGGAAUGAGAAUAACAUGAUUUAUAUGUUCAGAAUAAUCAUUUGAAACGGACUUGUUGGGAACGAACCAUUUCAGACUGCAAGGUGAGAGUUACCUAUUUGAAUUUUUCCAUUGCAAGAAACUCCCAGAUUUGUAUAAAGCUUGAACAUGAAGGAAAAGGGGUUCUCGUGUGUCUCUUGCCCUAUUUAGCAUGUUCUUGUUGUCUUAAUGGAUGGCUGGUAGUUGUAUUUUGUAUUAGAUUUUAAUAUUUUGGGGCUUGAGGCUAUAUUUUGAAUCAGCUGUUUUUGUAUUGGUCUUUAUUUAGUAAAUUGACUUGUCAGGGUUUUAACCUUAAAAAGUGGUCCAGAAAUACCGUACUUUCAAUUAUUACAUUCAGGUUGUCCUGUUAGAUGGAAGAAGCAUUCAAACAUUCACCACCCUGCAGUCUGAAGUGAUGCAAUACCAACAAGGCUAUAUCAUGUGAUUAUUCUACUUGCAAUUCUCAUUCUUGGAACACACUUCAUGCUGUACUCUGGUGCAUGCUUAGGAAUAGCAAAUCUGUCAGUCUUUGUUCUCUCAGUUUCUCAUGAUUGUAGUCUUAAAUUCAGUCCUCCACAUUUAUGCAGCAUUUUGUGAAUUUUCUGUUAGAAAGUCUCCUCCUGGAAGUUCUUCAGCAUUUCAAUAUGAAUUAUAGAAAACACAUUUUUGUAUGCCGUUUUGACUAAUGCACACAUUUUUGCAAACAAUGUUUCCUUAAUAUUAUGCAUUUUUAAUGUUAUUUUCACUAAUAUUCAUUUUUAUGUACACUUUUAACUACUAUAUGCAUUUUUGUAAACAUUGGUUGGUUGGAGAAGUGCAUCGCAAAAUUUGGAUAAGUGUGAAUUUCUAAGGGUGGCUAUGUUCUGGUUCUCAUAGUUUUGGAAAGUGUAAAUUUGGCUUCAAAUGCAAAGUGAAUUGAAUUCGCCCCCAUUGUUAUAUCAGAGUAGGCUCAGGGAUGCUUCCUUUCAAGUAGACAUAUAGGAGUGGGUUGCCCAUGUACUUGCAAACAUAAGUAGAACAAUUGGUACUUAACCUGAAGAGUAGAUUUGUGUUGGCAGGACAGGACCACUGGUUGGGCUAUGGCUUUGACCCUUUGAUGAAGGAAGGAGUGAAAAUUUAGGAAGUAGAUGGCUCCUUUGUCCUCAGUAUUGCAGACUCAAUAAGCACAAGUAGUCCAUGGAGUCUCAUCAGUUAAUAAGGAAAUAACAUACAGUAAUAAAGCCACAUUCCUAUGGAACAAGAACUUUUCCUAACUGUCUGAACUAUUAAACAGUGUUGUAGGCCAUUAUAGGGUGGGGCCCCAAUGGUCUCACGCUGGCAACACAAAUCUACUAUUCAGGUAUGUACCAAUCAUACUAUUUCCUUUUGCCAGCAUGACACCACUGGUUGGGACAUACCAAAGCUCUCCCAACUGGGUAUCACUGCAAAAAAAGCACUGUGGGGAGGCCUGCUGGAGGACCUUCUGGCCAAUGGUGGUAUCAAGCUGAUGCCCAGGUGUCUUGUCUUACAGUGUAUGAUAAAGGUACUGGGAGAUGCUCAGGUGGCUGCCCUGCAGAUUUCCAGUAGGGAGGUAUUUGUGAAGGACGCCAACAGGACGUCUGCUGCCCCAGUAGAGUGUGCUGUCUGUUUGGCAGGGACAGGUAGCCUUUGCGCCUCAUACGCUGUGGUAA